UGUGACGGUUGUGUGUGUGUUCGGCCGCAGUUUAUCCUGACUGUGAGUGAGCGGUGCUGUCACAGGAGCAAGAUGGGAGUCCCCAAAUUUUACCGUUGGAUCUCGGAGAGAUACCCCUGCCUGAGCGAGGUGGUGAAGGAGCACCAGAUCCCAGAAUUUGACAAUCUGUAUUUGGACAUGAAUGGGAUUAUCCACCAGUGCUCCCACCCAAACGAUGAUGAUGUACACUUCCGGAUAUCCGAAGAUAAAAUAUUUGCAGAUAUAUUCCAUUAUCUGGAGGUGCUAUUUCGCAUCAUUAAGCCCAGAAAAGUGUUUUUCAUGGCUGUGGAUGGUGUUGCUCCAAGGGCAAAAAUGAACCAGCAGCGGGGGAGACGUUUUAGAUCUGCAAAAGAGGCAGAAGAAAAAAUAAAGAAAGCUAUAGAGAAAGGAGAAGUCUUGCCAACAGAAGCUAGAUUUGACUCCAAUUGUAUCACACCUGGCACAGAAUUCAUGGCUCGCUUGCAUGAGCACUUGAAGUAUUUUGUAAAUAUGAAGAUUUCCACAGACAAGGCUUGGCAAGAAGUGUCUAUCUACUUGUCUGGUCACGAGACGCCAGGGGAAGGAGAGCAUAAAAUAAUGGAGUUUAUACGAUCUGAGAAAACAAAGCCAGAUCACGAUCCAAACACAAGGCAUUGCCUUUAUGGAUUAGAUGCCGAUUUGAUUAUGCUUGGUUUAACAAGCCAUGAAGUUCACUUCUCUCUUCUAAGAGAAGAGGUCCGCUUUGGUGGAAAGAAAAAUCAAAAAAGAGUUUCUGCUCCCGAAGAAACUACAUUUCACCUUCUUCACUUGUCUUUAAUGAGAGAGUAUGUUGACUAUGAAUUUUCAUCUGUAAAAAACAAGAUUUCAUUUGAAUAUGAUAUUGAAAGAAUAAUUGAUGAUUGGAUUUUAAUGGGAUUUCUUGUAGGCAAUGAUUUUAUUCCACAUCUACCUCAUUUGCAUAUUAACCAUGAUGCACUGCCUCUGUUGUACAGAACUUACAUUAGUGUCUUACCAGAACUUGGAGGUUACAUUAAUGAAAGUGGAUAUUUAAACCUAGUUCACUUCGAGAAGUAUCUUACUAAACUUUCAGCUUUUGACCGUGAGCAUUUCAAUGAAAUCUUUGUUGAUCUGAAGUGGUUUGAAAGUAAAGUGGGCAAUAAAUACCUCAAUGAGGCUGCAGGCCAAGCUGCUGAAGAAGCCAGAAAUGGAAAGAAAAAGAAAGGCAACGCUACUGACACUUUAUGUUUGGUUGCAUUGGAAAAUAAUGGAGAGGAAAGUCCCAAAUGUAUAGAAGAAGACCCAGAAGAUGAGGACUUGUUUGAGACAGAGUUUAGACAGUACAAGAGGGCGUACUACAUGUCUAAAAUGGGAGUGGAAGUUGUAUCUGAUGAGUUUCUGGCGAAUCAGGCUGAAUGUUAUGUCCAGGCAAUACAGUGGAUUUUGCACUAUUACUAUCAUGGAGUCCAGUCCUGGAGCUGGUACUAUCCCUACCAUUAUGCACCAUACCUGUCUGAUAUCCAAAAUAUUGGCCACCUCAAGCUUAGAUUUGAUUUGGAAACGCCUUUCAUGCCCUUUGAACAGCUGCUGGCUGUUCUUCCAGCCGCCAGUAAAGACUUGUUGCCUCGGGCAUUCCAGAGUUUAAUGACCAAUGAAGACUCCCCAAUAAUUGAUUACUACCCACAAGACUUUAAAACUGACCUUAAUGGGAAGCAGCAAGAGUGGGAAGCAGUGGUGCUGAUCCCUUUCAUCGAUGAAAAACGAUUGCUGGAUGCCAUGAAUUCCUGCAAUAGCUUCCUCACAGAUGAUGAAAGGAAGAGAAAUCAACACAGCGAGUGCUUUAAAUAUUGGUAUGACAAAGAGACAGAUUUCCAGUACUUCUCACCUUGGCCAGAGAAAUUCCAGCACAUUGAACGUUGCCAUGGAAGGUACAAAGCCAUUUCCCUGGAUGCUUGGCAUGUGGAUAUGGUUAAUAACAAAAUAACAAAGGUCAACAAAAGUGCACUGUAUUUUUGUGGCUUUCCUACUUUGAAGCACAUUAAGCACAAGUAUUCUUUGAAGAAGUCUGGUGUUCAAGUUUUCCAGCAGAGUAGCCGAGGAGAAAACAUGAUUUUGCACAUCCUUUAUAAUGAAGAUGCUGACACAGAACAGGCUGUGGAGAAUGUCGCCGCUGCUGUGCUCGGGAAGUCCGUGUUUGUGAACUGGCCUCACUUGGAAGAAGCCCGGGUUGUCGCGGUGUCAGAUGGAGAGACAAAAUUCUAUCUAGAAGAACCUCACGGAACACAGACACUUUACACUGGAAGCUUAGUUCCACCAAUCAAAGUGACCUAUGUUGGUGACAAAGAGCAAAACAUUUGGGUGAAGGAAGUCCAGGGAAUCUCUGAGCACUAUCAGAGGAGAAAGGGAGUCAUUAUCAAUGAGACGUCAGUAGUUUUGUAUGCUCAGCUGCUGACUGGCCGUCGGUACCAGUUAUCACAAAAUGGAGAAAUUACUUUUGAGAAACAGUGGUCCAAGCAGGUGCUUCCUUUUGCAUACCAGACCAUCGUCAAGGAUAUUACUGCCUUUGAUCCUGGUUCCACCCGAUUCAAAACUCUUGGUGAACUUUUUUGCCCUGGAAGUAUUGCAUUCAUGUUGGGGAAUCCUUAUUAUGGCUGCAUGGGAGAGGUUCAGGAUUCUUCUGAUGUGCUUAGUGAGAACAGAGUCCGUGUUCUUUUUAACAUUCCCCAGGAGCCACAACUAGAUGCCUUAAUACUUAAUCAGCAUAAGUUUUCUGUAAAGUAUAACCCUGGUUAUAUCUUGGCAAGCCGCCUUGGGGUGAAUGGUUACCUCGUUUCUAGGUUUACUGGGAGUAUUUUCAUUGGCAGAGGAUCCAAACGAAAUCCUCACGGAGAACAGAGGGCUAAUGUUGGCCUAAAUCUGAAGUUCAAUAAGAAAAAUGAAGAAGUUCCUGGGUACACCAAGAGAGUAGGAACUGAGUGGACAUAUUCAUCUGCUGUAGAACAACUUCUUGGUGAAUAUAUCGAAAGGUUCCCAGAAUUGUUUACAUACAUCUCUAAACACAGCCAGGAUGAUGUGUUCUAUGAGGAUGACAUCUGGCCAGGAGUUGAGGAGAAUGGUGCUGAGAAGGUCCAAGAAAUUGUGUCCUGGUUAAAGGCUCAUCCUGUGAGCUUGCUGUCUCGAUCAUCUUGUGAUUUACAAAUCUUGGAUUCUGCCAUAGUUGAGAUGAUUGAAGAAGAAAUUGAAAAGUGCAAGCUAAAGAAGAGCAGUAAAAAAGUGCGCGUUACUGUGAAACCUCACUUAUUAUUCAGGCCCCUUCAGCAGCAGCAUGGUGUGGUUCCGGACCGAGAUGCUGAGUUCCGCCUGUUUGAUCGAGUUGUUAACGUGCGAGAGAGCUUUUCUGUCCCACUGGGUCUCAGAGGGACUGUUAUUGGCAUCAAAGGAGCUGAGCGUGACAUGGAUGUGCUUCUCGAGGUAUUGUUUGAUGAAGAAUUCCUUGGUGGGCUUACAUUAAGAUGUUCUCAGACUAGAGGUUAUCGUUUGCCGACAAGUGCCUUAAUCAAUCUUUCUCACGGUUAUCGUGUUGAAACUGGAGGUCAGAAACUUACUGCUGUAGUAAAACCACAGGCAACAUCCAAUCACUAUGACUCUUACUCCCCUGAAGUCUCUGCAAGAGGAUCACAAAAAGGCCACCUGGGAGCCCUCAACCACUCUCCACGCUCCCUUUUUAUUCCUACUAAGCAAAAUGGAAAGCCGCAUUAUCAGGGAAGUGCUGGCUCACCACAGAAAGGAUUUGUUUCUGCUGGGAAUCAGAAGCAAAAGACUCCGCAAAAACAAGACGACGAAUAUUGCAACGUGUGGCAGUCCCUACAAGGAUCUGGAAAAUCACAACAUGCGCAUCAAAACAUGCACAACAAGGGUGCUAGUCUACCUCAGGAAAACAAGCCUGAUGAUGGUAACCAAUUUCAUAAAUCAGGCUCUGCUGAGAAUCUCCCAAAGUGCCAGCAAAGAAAGCAGGAGUCUGGAUGGAAAAUGAAAGACGAUUUCAAGUUUACAAAGAAUGAAAACCAGAAGCAGGAAGAAUUAAACAUACAGAAUGUUUCCAAGCCUGGUAAACAGGUCAAGCUUUUGAAGAGAAAUGACCAUCAGUCUGAAAGUCAGAUGGAUAAAAUUAUUCCUAGCAGCAUAGAUGGAAAGUUGAACAAUGAAUUUGAAAACUUUAUUGCAUCCCUGAAUAUUUCAAAAGAACAAGGAGGCCAGCCUGCUGCUUUCACAGAGGCCAAAGACACUACCGAGGAACACUUAUCUCCACAGUCUUUUGCCAUGAAAGGAACACAAAUGCUGAAGGAGAUCUUGAAGAUUGAUAGUACGGAACCUGGAGACCAGCAGCACAAGGAGACUAAGAAAGAUCCACCUUCAGUACCUAUGCUGCACAAGCAAGCAAAGCAAAUUGCUGUACGUUUGACCAGACCUUUAGGGCCAGGACAGUGUUUCAAUGCUCCCAACCAAGAACUGUUACGUCCACCACUGCUUCCUCAGCCGCCACCGUUGGGAACACCCGUGUCUGAACUUACACGUAUCUGCACCACAGUGGGAAUGCUCCCACCAGAGUUUUCAUAUUUACGAACUCCGCAGGGUUUGACCGUUUGUCAAGUGAAGCUGUCAAAUGGUUUCAUCUCGCAUGGUCCUCAGUGUCAUGCAGAAAACGAAGCAAAGGAGAAAGCCGCUUUGUUUGCUUUGCAAAGACUGAGUACAGUUGGACUAAAUUUCCCAUAUGCAGCACCGCCACCUAUGUUUCCUAAUUUUCAGCAUUUGGGAGGCACUCUAUCUACAGGACCAAUCCCUUCAGUUUUUCCUCCGCAAACGGCAAAUUUGAUCCCGUCUGCACCACAUGUCUUUGGAGCAACCUCAUGGCGAAAUUCAAUGCCGCUUCAUGGCAAACCUUUUUAUCCAGGUCCAGGUUCUUAUCCUAGUAACACACCCAUGGUGGGGCAAAUGGCAGCUGGUACUCACAACCAAUUUAUACCACUACAGGUAACAAAGCAAAGGGUAGCGGUGAACAAAACAGACUUCAGGGAGCCGUCAAAUACUUCCCAGGGUCUCGUAAAUAAUCCUCAGCUGAUCCCUGAUGUUAGAAGCCCAGUAACAGAUAUUUCUUCCACCACACUGGUGUCUCCUAAAACCACUCCCAACACUACGCCUGAUAAAGGUGCUUCAUCUGGUCCAAAGACUUCUCACAACAGAACAACCCCAGGCUCGGGUAGCAGACGGAAACCACGAAAAUUAGCUGUUAACUUCAAUGCUCCAAAGACCACAGAUUAGACAAGCUUCUAGGAAGUCCAUUUCCACCAACUGUAUAAUCUUGCCUUAAAAUGCUGUGUAUAAAAAGGAGUGUGCUGCUGUCUUGCAUUUUUUUUUCCUGUUUUUUGUUCAAAAUAAUUUUGCCAACAUUUUUUUUUUUUUUGUUUUACAGGCUAAUGACACUUAAACCCCUUUUUUUUUCUUAGAACAUCACUUAACAUUGCAUUUUAUCUAUCCCCCUCCCCCUGCCCC